UUAAAAUAUACGUGGAAGUAGAUAAAAAUUAUUGUCAUACUCUUAUUUGACAUUUAAUUAAGUAUUUCUUCAUUAUUUGUUGAGACCAGAGGAUAUGAUUUUAUUUAGUUUUAUGGUUGAUUUUCAAAUAACGACAUGAUUUAUUUAAAUGUUAAGUUAUCUUCAGUUUUCAUUAAAUUUCAAGAUCAUUCAUUUGAUUCAUUUACAAUCUAUUAAGAUUAAAACUAAUACUAACUUGAAAUCAUGUCUACUGGAAGUGUGUCAACUCUUAUCAUUGAAAAACCUCCCAUUCAAACAGUGAAAAAUUACACUUUCAAAACUUUUGGCGUUAAAAAUAAAGUUUACUGCGUAUUCUGUAGCAGAGUGCUUGAUAAUAAAAUUUCACAAAUCGAAAAACAUUUUUCUACUUGUACAAUAUUAUCAGCUCAACUGACGCUUGAAACAGAAUUUAGAUGUGGACCUUGCUCGAUGACCACAACAAAAUUUAAACAUUGGAUAUAUAAUCAUGUUGGAACAAAAGCCCAUUGGAAUCAAUGUAAGUUGUCUGAAGAAACUUUGUACACUUACACAUGUUCUUCAUGUGACUUGGUAUUAUAUGAUACGGACGAUGUUAUACAAGACCACAUGCUAGAAGAACACGACCAUGAUGCUAAUUUACCUUUUAUUUGUAAAUUUAUGGCUUACGUCAAAUCAUGGAACAAUAGUAAGCCUUUAUACUUUUGUGGUCCAUGCAAGAAAUUUAAUGAGGAUCCAAUACAUCUAGAUUUAACAUGUACUAAAACGAAAAAGAAAUCUGAACCAUUUUACUGUAAAUGCUGUAACGCAAACUUUAUAUGCAAUGAAGAGACGUAUUUGUGGCACUUAUCAUCUGUUGAACAUCAAUCUCUAUUGAAAGUUAUUGAAAUUAGUAAUAAUGGUUGGAAAUUACCUCGAAUUGUUUGGUCUCAGUUUACAUCAGCCCAAAAUCAGCAAGUUCAAUGCAUCACUUGUCUACAAAAUGUGCCUUCAAAUAAUACAGCUCUGUUAGGUCACUUUAAAAAUUGCGAACGUAAACCGAAUAUGAGUGGCAAAAACUCUUCAGACAUUAAAAAAUUUAUCUGUGCAAUUUGCGAAUCAUAUAUGGAAAAUUUUAAUGAAUGGAAAAAUCAUGUAUUAUCCGAAAUUCAUCUGUUAAAUAGCUAUAAUUUUCAUAACUAUACUUAUCAAUGUUGUAAGAUAUGUAAUACUCUUUUUUAUGGUACUACAAAUCAAAUAUUAGACAUGAGUAAACGAUUGAUAAUUCAUACAAAUAGUACACAACAUACUUUGAACAAUUUUAGACUAUCAGAAUUGAUGAGUUCAGUUUAUGAAGCGUUUAAUGUUAACCCUGUAAAUACUAGUGUUUUUUUUUAUUGUGAGUCUACAGGUAAAUUUGGCCAAUGUGAACGAAAUUUUAAAUUAAACGCUGUGCCGUAUUUUUGUGAAAUUUGUCAUAUUGAAUUUUAUAGUGAUUCUGAUGCUUACUUUGAACACGAAGUCACAUUAGAACACGUUUUGUUAAAAUAUUUUAUUCCAUUAAAAUCUAUAUCGAUUAUUACAAACGUUUUUUCAAAAGAUAAUGACGACGACAUUUACGGGCGUACGGUUGCAAAACGAUUAAAAACUAUAAAAAAUGAAGUAGUUAAGAAUAAUUUGAAAAUUGCUAUUGAUACUUUGUUUGCAUUAGAAUUAAAAUAAUUUGUUUAAUAUAAUAAAAUUUUAAUCCAAAAUAGUAUUUUUAUAUUAAUUUUAAUUUAUUAGACAUGUGAUCUAAAGAGCAUUUAUUAAAAUAAAACUAUUAUAGUAAUAUUUUUU